AUGCAUUUCGUCCAACUUCUCGCUCCCUUUCUUUUUCUCGUCCCUGCACUUGCAUCUGGAGCUGCCGAGCCUCCGAAAACACUGCAAAUAGAAACGACCUACAAACCGGAAGAAUGCCCAGUCACUGCACAGAAGGGAGACCAGAUUCAAGUGCACUAUACCGGUACCCUCUUUGCUACCGGAUCGAAGUUCGACUCGAGUCUUGAUCGCGGCGGAGACCCAUUGCCUUUGACUCUCGGUGUUGGCCAGGUCAUCAAAGGCUGGGAUGAGGGUCUCGUUGGUAUGUGUUUGCAUGAAAAGCGAACCUUGACUAUUCCAUCGGACAUGGCAUACGGCUCUCGUGGAUUCGGCUCCGUCAUCCCUGCGAACUCUGCUCUUGUAUUCACCGUCGAAUUGAUGGGAUUGGAAAGCAAGGCAAAGCCCGCGAAUCGUGAAGAGUUGUAAUAUCGAGUAGCUAUGAUUAUCUUCAAUCUUCACGCGCCUUUCGGGGUUGCUCGACUCUGUUGUUCAUUCUUGAGUAAUACCACUGGACAGCACUGGCGCAACGCUUAAUGUAAUUGCAAGGCGCUUCGGCGUCAGUGCGGAACCCCGCGGACUGAAAGCCAUGCUGUGGCUGUGUAACUGUCUCGACUGAACCAUGACCUCCAAGAAGAAUAGCAAACUUGAUCUUCUUGUUCGGGUUCGCUAUGCCAACCCCCUUCCAGCACCUCCGUGUCCCCCAAAGCUUUUGGAUAUCCCGACCAAUCCCACACGAUAUUCUCGACCUGAAUUCCUUGACGCUUUGGCUCAAGAUAUACCGCUUCCAAUGAUUGUUGAUGCAGAGUGUGGGAUGCCGCUGGACCUCGGCAAGUGGGAAAGCCUGUGGCUAGAGCCACCUAGGGACGGAGAGAGCAAAAGUGAGAUCCAGGGUCAUUGGGUGAAGCUGAACGCGGAGCUCAAUCCCGAUCCGAAUGACCUUCCCUCUCUGGAUCCUGAAGACGCAGCUCUACUCGCCGAUAUAGCGCCAUCACAUUCCUUCGGGAGUGCCCACUCGUCCGCAGGCCCAUCGAAUUCUCUUCCCGCUCAUGUUUCGUGGCUUCGCCGGACGGAAUACAUCACCAGAGAGAGCACGUCGCGUGUCAACCUAACUGAGCCAAAAGCUAUUCCCGUCGCCGUGAUAGAUGUUUCUCCCGAAGCCCAGCUCAGGACCAUCGAAGCCUCAUUUGCAGCAGCCAACAAUCAGUUCAACCUGGAAUCUCUUGUUCAUCCUAACAAGCCAGGCGUACGGGCGGUCGCUUCAUACGAAGUCCUACCAGACGAUGACAUUUGGGCCAACCAAUAUGAUCUUUUCAGGUUUUCUGAACGUCCAGGAGAAAGGCCGUCAGACGUGGAUGACCCGCGUCUAGACUGUGCGAUCUUACGACCGAUGAAGACGGAACACGACUCGUUCCUCGCUUAUUAUCUCACGCAGGACGAUGAAAUGGCGGAGAGGCUCAAAGAGACCAGACGGACGCAUGAGCCUUAUGAAGUCCCUGCGGACGGUCAAGAAACAAUCUUCUCAUUUGUGCGCGACUAUGAGACUGUGAAAGUCGAACAGGAGGUUCCAAACGAAUUCCUGCUUGUUCUCGAGGAUGGGGGCGAAAAUGACAUCUCGGACGGCAUCUCUGCCAAUCAUCGACAGCCCGGUGCUUACUUCAAAGGAAUCGAGCGGAAGAUGGUCUUGAAGAAAAAACGCGUCAACCCUUAUGACUCGUACGCCGAUAAAUGGGAAGUGAUUCGGAUGACACAUGUCGCAAUGGGCGAAGAUGAAGUAGGGGAACGUCAAGAUCUGCUUGCCGAAGUCCAGGAGCCGGAAUAUUUCCUGA